CCGUGUUUCGAAGGCUAUGGUACUGGGUCAAGCUGUGUAUCACAAUGAGAUCCAUCCCGGAAGACCUAACGACACUCAUUGCAGAUCUGGAAAACUUUUUGACGGAUGAUCUUAAAGGGGAGAAUCUGAGCAAGAAAGCAAAAGAGAAAAAGGAUGCCUUUAUCAAGCGGAUUAAAGAAGUGAAAUCGAGCUACUCUCAGGAUUUCAAGGAUGAACGAGAUGAAGAGUUCACCGAGCUUGACGAGAUGGACACCAAUAACGAUGGCGGAUCUCUGCACUCAGAGCAGACUGACAGGGAUGAUAGUGCUUAUGAUGGAGUUCAGCAGUCUCCCCCGGUGGCAGCUCAGGACCUUCCAUCCAUUUUAAAGAGUGGCUACCUGGAGAAACGCAGGAAAGAUCACAGUUUCUUUGGCAAUGAGUGGCAGAAGAGAUGGUGUGCCAUAAGCAACAACGUAUUCUACUACUAUGGUGGUGAAAAAGAUAAACAGCAGAAGGGAGAGGUUAAUAUUGUUGGCUACAAUGUCAAGAUGAACAACAAUCUGCGGAAAGAUGCUAAGCGAGAUUGUUGCUUUGAGAUCUCUGCUCCAGACAAGCGUGUAUAUCAGUUUUGUGCUGCCUCUGAGAAAGAUGCUAAAGAUUGGGUGGAGCAAAUUGACUUUUUGAUCAAAGACAUGGAUGGAAUCAUUCCUGAAGAUGAAGAGGAGUAUGAUGACUGCUUGCCAUCAAGCUCAUCAUCCAGGACUGUGACCUCAUCACCCAUGGGUGCUGCUAUAGAUGAUGACAUCUAUGAAGAACUCCCUGAUGAAGAUGUACCCCAGCCGCCUAAAGCACUAGUAACCCUGGCCAACAAACCCCCACCACCAUCCACCCCAGUUACAGCAGUGAGCAAGAGUACAGACUAUGCAAACUACUUCCAGGGGUUGUGGGAUUGUGCCAGUGACCACCCUGAUGAACUGUCCUUCAAGAGGGGAGACAGCAUCUACAUCCUCAGCAAGGAGUAUGACACCUUCGGCUGGUGGGUGGGGGAGAUGAAAGGAGCUAUCGGAAUCGUGCCAAAGGAGUAUCUUCUGGAAUUGUAUGCUCUGUAAGGGACUUGAGAGACCCCUUGAUGGCCUGCUGUUGUAGCUUCAUGCACUGCCAUGUUUCACAAACCACUGUCUGUUGCACUGUUUCUAUCAUUCUGUAUAAGAUAUAAAGCACACUGCAUCAAAAAGUGAUUGUAAAAUAUAUGCAACGAAAGAUGUGAGUAGAUGUGAUGCUUUAAAGCUAUUUAAUCCACAUGUGCUCCAAUAUUUUAUAUGAAUUAUUGAGUGAAAUAAAAAAAACAUUCAUUCAAGGGCAUAAAUGCUUCAUAAAUAUGUUGUAAGUGUUGUGUAAAUGAAAUA